AUGCUUAGAAUUGCAGUCGCUCGUCAAGCCAUCAAGUCUCUCAAUCACACCACAGCCCGCCCGGCUUCAUUAUUCACCCGAUCAUCCAGCGUCAAAAUUCUCCGUCAAGAGGAAGAAGAUCAAGCCUCAAAAGAUCCCCUGUUGACCGCAACCGACAGAGCACGCCAGGGCACAUUGGGUGACAAAGAGGGCCGCAAUGCCCGUGUUGAUGAGAGCCUGCAGAUCGAAUACCCCCCAGAUGAGGAUAUGCCUCGCUCUCCGGUCGUUCAAGGCCGUGGGGGUAUGCACUUCAAACGGACGCUGGCCGCAUUUUCCCUCGAGAAUAAGGUCAGCGUGGUGACGGGUGGUGCGCGUGGUUUGGGUCUUGUCAUGGCUCAGGCGCUGGUGGCGUCGGGGUCACAUCUUGCGAUUGUUGAUUUGAAUAAGACGGAAGCCGAGGAACAGGCAGAGAAACUGGUAGAGCAGUUCCGCAAGGAGAACCCGGGCGUGCAGGAUGCGGAAAUGCCGAGGGUUACCGCCCAUUACUCAGACGUGGCCGAUCCAGACUCUGUGAACACAGUACUAGCUGAGAUUUUCGAGAAGCAUGGCAGAAUUGACAAACUGGUUACCUCGGCCGGGUUCACUGAGAAUUUCGACGCCAUUUCGUACCCUUACGAUCGCAUCCAGAAGCUCUGGGGCGUCAAUGUGGACGGCACUUACCUGUUCGCGACCGGUGUCGCCCGACACCUCAUGGAGCGCAAGGUCUCUGGCAGCAUUGUCAUGAUCGGUAGCAUGUCUGGGGCUGUUGUGAAUGUGCCGCAGCCACAGGCGCCGUACAAUGCCGCCAAGGCUGCCGUUCGCCAUCUGGCAGCGUCGCUCGCCGUCGAGUGGGCGGGCCACGGGAUCCGAGUCAACUGUAUCAGUCCAGGAUACAUGUUGACCGCGCUGACGCGCAAGAUUCUGGAUGAGAACCCGGAGCUCCGCGACAAGUGGAUCUCGCUGAUCCCCACCGGCAAGAUGGGCACGCCGGAGGACCUGAUGGGCGCCGUGACCUUCCUUCUAAGUGACGCCUCUCGAUAUGUCACCGGUGCUGACCUCCGUGUCGACGGUGGCUACACCCUGACUUAG